GCGGGUUGCUAGUUUGCAGCUUUGCUUGGUGAUUAUUGUGCUUUAAAACCCUGCCGAGCCAUGCAGCGACUUUGCCGUUGGGACUCCGUGAAACUAGGCUGGCUUUUCAGUAGGCGCUAGGGCUGCGUUGUGGUGGCAGCCGACGCCACGCGGGGAGAAGGUGCCUGUGAGGGGCGUACCCUCUUGCCAUGAAGAAGAUUUUUGGCUUCAGGAGCAAGGGCCCGUCGCCGUUAGGCCCCUCCGCCCGCCCGCGGAACAACUCCGUGGGCUUUGGACGUGUGAGUGCUAGUGGCUCCCACAUGCCCAAGUACCACAUUCACGACAAGGAUAUGGGCAAGAUCCACAAGGCUGCAAGCGUGGGUGAUGUUGCCAAAGUACAGCAUAUCCUUAUCCUUGGGAAAAGUGGCGUGAACGAUAGAGAUAAGAAGGACAGAACUGCUCUCCAUCUUGCCUGUGCUUAUGGCCAUCCGGAAGUGGUGACUCUCUUAGUAGAGAGAAAAUGUGACAUUGAUGCCUGUGACGGCGAGAACAGCACAGCUCUCAUUAAGGCCGUGCAAUGCGAGGAAGAAGAAUGUGCAGCUAUACUGCUGGAGCAUGGUGCCGAUCCGAACGUGGUGGACAGCAGUGGUAACACUGCCCUGCACUAUGCUGUCCACAGUGAGAACACAUCCAUAGCAGCCAAACUGCUCGCACACAAUGCAAAUAUAGAAGCCAAAAACAAGGAUGACCUCACACCUCUGUUACUUGCCGUAAAGGAAAAUAAACAGCAUAUUGUGGAAUUUUUAGUAAAGAAGAAAGCAAGUAUUCAUGCAGUUGAUCAGCUUGGAAGCAACAGACAAUUACUUGAAUAUGAUGGAGAGAGACUAAAAUAUUCUGAAAAUAGUAAUCCAGUGGAUAAUGGUUCUGAAGAUGAAUCUUUAGCCAGGUCUUCUAAUACACCCGAUCCUGCUGAUUCCUGGCCUACAUCAGAUGAAGAUGACUACAAUUUUGAUAGCAAGAAUGUCCCCAAAAUUAACUUAACAGAGCUGUGGACAGCUGCUCAGCAGUCCAAGAAAAACCAAACAAAAUGUGGCUCUGAGAACCUAGGAAGCAGAAUCCUGUUUGACAAUAGUAAUUCUAAUAGUGAAGAUGAAGAUGGAGUUGAAAUCGGUCCUGGACCACCAGCCAGAGUCCAGACCUUUUCUCCAUCCUGCCAGUCACCUGACCCAAUGAGCGGUGCUGAUGCUGUCGGAAGGGAAGAGAUUGGUGCUGAUGCUGUCGGAAGGGCCUCACAAGAACAGCCAAACCCUGACAGUUUAACCUGUGGCGACCAUUGGCGCAAAAGUAAUAAAAGUGAAAUGAUGUCUGCCUUAGGAUUAGGAGAAGACGAAGACGAAGAGUCUCCUUGGGAUUCUGAGAGUAUCUCUGCCAGUGUUUCACUGAAGGGUGUAGGUGUUUUAUCUGGGACUCUGGAUCGGACAGGAGAGACUAGAGUGCAUGGACACGUAGAAGAUGUGACUUACAUACCUUCUUGCAUGAGUGGAUCAAGAAACUCUAAGGUGGCUAAGCUAGAGGAGUCAAGAAAUGUAGGCAUCCCAGUAGCCCACAAGGAGGCCCUCAGGAAAUAUCCAGUCAUGGAGCCUACUAUCAAAAAGACAGAUACUCUUCUCAACAAAACAGUAGGAAUGAAGGAUGUACAGACAUUCAAAUCAGAGCCAGACUUAGAAGUGGUAUCAAGAGAAGAGCAGAAACGACUCAGCAGCAUUGAAGACAGCCAGCAGAAGGUUGAAGAAAAAAGAAAGUACAAAAAUAAUGAAAUAAAAAUAUCAGGAAGUCCAUACAAUGGUGCUGCUGACAAUGUUGAUAAUGGAGUAAGUCAACAGAGUGGAAACACUGACGACCAACAGUUUCCUAUGAAGGGGAAUGAGGAACAUGAUGGGAAGGAAGCGAAGAAAAGGAAGAAUGACACGUGGGUGUCCAGAGAAUCUGUCAUGAUGCCAAGGACGGAGAAAGCUGCCUUACCACCUGGUGGCUCCCUACAAACGCAGGAUGUUUGCAGCCGCAGGGACACGGACCAGAGUGAGACGAGGCCCACAAAGAAAACAUCUAAUAAAAAUAAGGCCAGAAAACAAGUAACUGCUGUGGACGACCUUGAUGCCUGGAGUGAGUCAUCUGAAACAGCCUCUGAGGACUGUGAGCUCCAGUGCCCCAAUUAUGAGAGCGUUUUGUGUGAAAUUGAGCAUCUGAGGAUGGAGUGUAGAGAUAUUGUUAGUCUUUUGAAAAUCCGGGAUGCAGUUUAUUCCUAUCAAAGAUUAAUAGAAUUUAAAAAAAGCCACUGUGAACUACUUACAGGAAAACUUAAAAGAAUGGAAAAUAAACUUAAGGAAUUACAGAAGGAAGUAUCAGAAACAAAAGAAGUAAAGUCACAGUUAGAGCAUGAAAAGGUAGAAUGGGAACAACAACUCUCCAAUUUGAGAUUUUCACUGAAACAAGAGGAAGAGAAGCGGAGAAGCGCGGAUCAGCUUUCUGAGAGAACGAUGGAGCAGCUUAGGAGAAAAGAUGAGCAGUAUCAGAAUGAGCUUGAAGGGAAGCAGCAGCUUGAAGUUUCUCUCAGAACAUUGGAUAUGGAGUUGAAGACAGUGAAAAAUCAUUUGAACCAGAUUUCAGAGGAACGAAAUGAAAUUCAGAGACAACUUUCCCAAGAACAGAAUGCCAGAGCGUUACAGGAUGGGAUUCUUGCAAAUCACCUUUGUAAACAAAAGGAGAUAGAAAUGGUGCAGAAGAAAAUGACUUCUGAGGUUUCUGUUAGUCAUAAAAAAGAAAAAGAUCUAUUGCAUAAAAACCAAACGUUGCAGGAUGAAAUUGCCAUGUUAAGACUGGAGCUGGAUACAGUAAAAACCCACAGCCAGGAAAAGGAGAAGAAGUACCUGGAGGAUAUUAAGACUGCACAUGAACAGAGUGAUAAGCUUCAAAGGAUGAUAAAACUGAAUGAAGAAACAUUUACAAAAACAAUAUUCCAGUAUAAUGCACAGAUUAAUAGUCUUACAACUGAGAACACAAUGCUGAGUUCUAAGCUGGAGAAUGAAAAACAAAAUAAAGAAAGACUGGAAACAGAGGUCGAAUCAUUCCGAUCUAGACUGGCUUCUGCUGUGCAUGACCAUGCUGAAAUUCAGACAUCAAAAAGAGACCUAGAAAUUGCUUUCCAGAAAGCAAGAGAUGAGUGGGUUCGUUUGCAAGACAAGAUGAAUUUUGAUAUGUCUAACCUAAGAGAUAACAAUGAGAUUCUUUCCCAACAGCUUUCGAAAACUGAAAGAAAAUUGAAUAGCCUAGAAAUUGAGUUUCAUCAUACAAAAGAUGCACUUAGAGAAAAGACUUUGUCUUUGAAAUGUGUACAAAGAGACCUCAACCAGACGCAGUGCCAGAUGAAGGAAGUUGAGCAUAUGUAUCAAGAUGAGCAAGGGAAGGUGAAUAAAUACAUGGGCAAGCAGGAGUCCAUAGAGGAGAGGCUGUCCCAGCUCCAGAGUGAGAACAUGCUGCUCCGGCAGCAGUUAGACGAUGCUUCCAACAAAGCUGAUUGCAAAGACAAGACAAUAGUGAAUAUCCAGGACCAGUUUCAUGAUAUGCUAAGCAGACUCCAAGCUGAGAGCCAGAAGCACAGACUGAUGCUGGAAGACAGAAACAAGGAGUUAGUCAGUGAGUGCAGUCACUUAAAAGAGAGAAUGUGUCAGUAUGAAAACGAGAAAGCAGAAAGAGAAGUGGUUGUGAGGCAGCUUCAACAGGAACUGGCUGACACCCUGAAAAAGCAGUCGAUGUCAGAGGCCUCGCUGGAAGUGUCCUCACGUUACCGCAGUAAUUUAGAAGACGAGACACGAGAUUUAAAGAAGAAAUUAGGUGAAAUCAGAAGUCAAUUGCAGGAAGCACAGGAUCAACACAGAGAGGCUGUACAGCGUGCUGAGAAGAUGCAAGACCACCUACAAAAGCUUGAACUUGAAAACUCCAAGUUUAAAAUUACAAUAAAAAAGCAAUCAGAGGAAAUUGAGCAACUUCAGGAAAACCUAUCAAGUGUGAAUUUGUCUGAAGAAGAUAAAGAAAAACUGAAGAAACUUGCUAAGCUGAAAGACUCUCUGGAAUAUGCUUUGGACCAAGAACAGAAGAAAAACUGUGCGUUAGAAAAAGAACUGACCGAGUUUAAGGAACUCUUUAAAAUGACCAAAAAAGAAUUAAAUGAACAGGAAAACAGAGAACUUAAUCUCCAUCAAGAUAUAAAAAACAGUCAAUUUGAAAUGGAUAUCCCAGUUAAUAAACUAAUAAAAAAGAUUGAUGAUCUUACAUCAAAAUUGGAAUCCGUAUCUUCAAAAUGUCUACAUCUGGAUAAAAAAAAUCAGUAUCUUCAGCAGGAAUUGCUAUUGAUGAAAGCUGUACAGAAGAAGUGUGUGAAACUAGAGAAGAAUAAGAAGAAACUGGAACAAGAAGUGGUCAGCCUCCGAAGUCACAUGGAAAAGAACCUGGUGGAGCAGAGUGAGCUGCAGCAGUAUAAGCGGGAGGUGGAGGAGCGAGCGAGGCAAGACCUGGUGGAAAAGUUAAAACAGGUCAACCUCUUCUUGCAGGCACAGGCAGCCUCUCAGGAAAACCUGGAGCAGCUGAGAGAGAACAGUAACGCUUCAGUGAGGAGUCAGCUGGAGCUCCGGAUUAAAGACUUGGAAUCCCAGCUCUCCAGAAAGAAGACUCAGGAAGACUUCGAUAAAAUAGAACUAGAAAAAUAUAAGCAGCUCUACCAAGAAGAAUUCCGAAUUAGAAAAUCACUGUCAAGCAAACUGAACAAGACUAACGAGAGACUGGAGGAGACCAGCACUAAACUGCUCCUGGAGGAACAGCAGAAUAGAUCGUUGCUAAGCUCUCUUAGUACACGGCCUGUUGUAGAGUGUCCUUGCCUCGGAGGCCUUCAUAAUAGUUUGGUAUUCAAUAGGACUCUUAUUCCAAGAGAAAACAUAGUGAUUCCUACCUCAGGCCUUCAGCCAUCAAAUAAAAGAAUGGAAAUCUACCUGACCGAGAUGCAUCAGGAGUUGGAAAAAAGUAUAAAUAGAAAACUUAGUGAAGCUGCAGCUGAACUUGAAUCUGAGUUCUGCAGAGUUUUUCCCCUUGAAUCUGCUUCUAAAUCAGGUCAAGAUCUAGUCUCAGAAGAAACGCAAGAAUAUAUAGACAAUUUAAAGAAAAAAUACAGGAUCUGCUGAAUUGAAAGGAAGAAAGAAAAAAAGAAGGAAGGAAAGGAAGAAAAGGCGUGAUAAUAGAAGAGGGACUGUUUGGGAGGAGGACCAAAGGAACAGAGCACCAGAGACAAUGAAGGGACGUGCACUGCGUGUGUCUUAAAUGUCGCAGUGAACUGGUGUGGUGGCGCACAGCUUCGACCCCAGCCCUUGGGAAGCAGAGGCAAGUAGAUCUCCUCAGUUCAAGGACAGCUAGGGCUACAUGUCUCACACAGAAAAACAAGGUUAUCAUGAAACCUACUAUUUUGUGCAAAUAAUACAUAUUAAUAUAUGGUCUAAAAUAUAUUUAUUAGACUAUGUAUUUUAAUUGUUUCCUAGUAAAUGUAUGACUUGAAAACAGAAGUGAAGGAAACUUUUUUGUCAUAUGUAUUAGAAAAUUAAUAUGUUUACCUGGGGGGUUUUGGUGGUUUUAAGCACAUUUUGCAAGUAUUAUUAAACCAGUAUUACCAAGUUUUACAUACGAAGACACCCAAAACUGUUUCUCAUGGGUACUUUGAUAGGAUGAAAUACCAUCUUUGUAUUUAUACUUUUCUGUUUUUAUCACUGUCUGUGGGCCAGAAGAUUUAGCCAGACAUCACUUCAGUAUGCUGCUACUGCAGCCAUUUUUAACAUUUUAGCCUAUUACAGCCACAGUAUCACCAUCAAACCUAAUCUUUUAAGCACUGAUAUGUAGUUGUUGAUCCUACAGGAAAGCAGUUAUAUGAGACUUUGCACCUGUUCUGUUUAUUCAUUUGCUUGUUCAUCUUUGAUGGGUUUUUUUUAAGUCUUAAAAUUAGACAAAAGUUCAAAGAAUUGUGCCCUCCCCCACUCCGAACCAUCUCAGAGAGCCUUGCUGCCAUCUGCCACCAUCCUGGACUGUUUUAGUAUUUUUGGUAAUUAACAACACCCUGAGUAACUGGUGUCACUUUGUAAUCGGAAGGCUACCACUAAUGCACCCUGGAUUUCAGCCUCAGGUCCUUUUCCAGUUGACUCUUGCCUACAGUGUCCUUUAACAAAAACUGGUCCCAUUCAGACUCAGGGAUUCCAGUUACUUACAUUCCUUAGACUCCUUCAGUUUGGAACAUUGCUCAGUCUUUCCUUGAUUUUCAUGACCUUAAAUCUUCAGGGUAGAAUUCAUGUAGAGUGCCCUUGAAUUGAAUUUUCUGUUGUAUUAUUAUUAAAUCAUGUCAUUUUUGACAAGAGUUAUUACAAGAUGUGAUUUUUCUCAUUUUAUCCUAUUAUGUGAUCUCUAAUUUAGAUUUUUCUCUACUAUUAUGAUUUUGAUAUUGAUCACUAGAGCAAUUAUCUGCUCUGUUUUUCCCCUGUAUAUUUACUUCUGCAAUAAAUGUUUUGUGAGGAGGUAAUUUGUGACUGUAAAUACCUGUUCCUCGUCAAACUUAAAAUAUAUUCAUUUGCUAGUA